UCUCUCAAUGAAAACAUGGCAGAGAUUGAGGGCAUGUUAGCUGGUAUAGAAAGCCCCAAUAAACGGGCUAAAAUGGAUAGUGGACUGUCAUCUACAAAUUUCGACGAAUCUAAGUUUGCCCGCUACUAUAGGACUGACGCGGUGUCUUCCGCGAAUGUUUCAGAAUCACCAACAGUUGUGUCAAACGAUGCUGCCGCAGCGUAUUUCUCCUUCCCAUAUACCUACACUACAGCCAACUCUCUAUCGACCUACACAGCCUCAACACAGAACGAAAACAUUCCUGCCUUCUCUUACGGCUCUUCAUAUGUAUACGACUAUACCUCAAUCAAUGGUCUCUCUUCAGACUACCCAAAUGGCACAGUUUUCUCACCAACAACUUUAUCUUCAGUCACAUCUUCGUCCAGUCAUUUUCCUCUCUCGACAAACAACAACAACAUCGCCCAUCACAAUACGCCACCUUCACGAGUUAUUCAUUGUCGAGCAGUCGCAGACGGGUGUAAAGAAACAGAUCUUAUACAAGUCUUACAACCCUUUGGAAAGAUAACAUAUGUUACAUUAUUACCUAAGAUAAGACAAGCUUUAGUAGAAUUCGAGACUUUAGAAGCAGCCAUUGCUGUUGUAACUUAUUCUCAGACAAAUCCUCUCACGGUACUUGGCAGACAAAUGUUCGUUAACUACUCCAAGAGUCAGGAGAUCAAGAGGGACAAGGUCAUGAAUGGAGACAGCUCUAGUCCAAGUGCUGAAGCUAGUAAUAUACUGCUACUCACUAUCAUUAACCCUCUUCACCCCAUUAACGUAAAAAUCUUACAUAAAAUUUGCAGCAAUAGUGGAAAAGUCCUGCGGAUUGUCAUCUUUCACAAGAAUGGUCUUCAAGCCUUAGUAGAGUUUGACACCGUUGAAUCAGCCCAGAGAGCGCUGGCGCGUCUAAAUGGGCAAGACAUUUACGCUGGUUGUUGUACUCUAAAAAUUGACUAUUCAAAGAAAGCGAAAAAAUUGAACGUGUUUAAAAACGAUGAAGAGACAUGGGAUUAUACUGGUGCACUUAACGGAACAACAGGAAUCCCAAGCAAAACGUCUCUCCUAGGUACAGGACUAUUGUCAGCAAUAUCAGGAACCGACAGCGCUGAUCCAGUGGUGCCCAGUCCACCACCCAGCACCAUCAAUGGAAAUCUAAGUUCUGUGAACAAUUCGAUACCACUGCCAACUGACGUCAUAGCACGAGCUGCCGCUUUCCCCACCGUACAAAGUAUUCUAGCUAAGGUUGCUUCUCUCCAGGGCAGUAAAAGUCCAACCAACUCUUCACCCAGUCCUCCAAGCUUAUCCGCGGACAGCUCCCCAAAGCUGGGCAUUCUCGGCACAUCCCCUUUCCAGUUCUCUCAGCCGGGUCUUCUGGGAGCAUUGCCCGGGUUAAGCCAAACACAGCCACAGCUUUCAAAUGGUGUUCAUACAUCAAGUCUUGGUACCCAGGCCCUCAGUUCUAGUGAAUGGAGCAGAACGGUCGGAAGAGCCUGGGCUAGUUUAGACAGCGCUACGGCACAACCAGCCAGCGGUAAUUCAACACAAGUGACUGCCCAAGUUCUAAGCACAUCUGGUGGAACAGGCUGUGUGUUGAUGGUAUAUGGACUUAACCACGAGAAAAUGAACUGUGAGAGAAUCUUUAACUUGUUCUGUCUCUAUGGCAACGUCAUCAAGGUAAAGUUCCUGACUAACAAACCCGGUGCGUGCAUGGUUCAAAUGUCUGAUAAAAUUGCCUCCGAGAUGGUCAUCAGGAACCUGAGUGGUUCAGUCAUCUUUGAAAGCAAGAUCAACAUCAUGUUCUCCAAACAUCCAUUUAUUGCCGAUUCUUCAGUAGUGACAGCCCUACCUGAUGGAUCACCUUCUGCCAUGAACUUUUCCGAUAACAGGAAUAACCGGUUUAAGUAUUUACCUGAGGGACAAAGUCUUAAGAACCGAUACCAGCCACCAACGAGAAUGCUGCAUUUCUUUAAUGCACCUCCUAACUGCACUGUGGAUCACUUGAGAGACGUGUUUGUCAAGGCUGGCGCAUUGGCGCCGUUAAAGGGAACAUUCUUUUCCAAAGCCAAUACCAAGUCGUCUGCUGGGCUAUUAGAAAUGGCCGAUAUCCGUUCAGCUAUGGAAGCUUUGAUCCUUACAAACCAUUAUACUAUGAACUCACCAGGCGGUGGUUCGUUCACCUUGAAGCUUGCAUUUUCUCCGAGCUCCUCUAUCUCACCAACCGCUCCCACAGUAGCUCCCGCGGUGGCUGCAGCAGCGGUUGCCGCCACAAGUUUAAGUACCAAUCCCUUAGGCCCCAUUGGUUCGCCAAUGCACUUGCACAACCCAGGAGGCAGCCCUAAUGGAGUCCUUAGCAACGGAGUGAUGGAUAUGAAUAAUGAGAUGGAACAUCACCUAAGCAGUCCUGAGAAUCAAGGCCAUAGUCCAUAACAGGUUCAACAGGCUCAACAGGAUCAACAGGAUUCUUCCAGCUUCAUGUACCGGUAAACAAUCGUCCUACGCGCGCCUGGUCGAUACUACCAGUAGAUUAUAAUCAAUUGAAUCAAAUUAUAACUUCCAGUCGUAGUUUAUAAAAUGAACUAUUCUUAACGCAAAUGCGUUAACUCAACGCUCGGAUCAAGCGUUUAGUCAUUCGUUAGUCGUAAAUGAGCAUUCUAUAUCCCGUCGGUCUAAACCGUGCUGUUUUCGAGGUCCUCAGAGUUUUCCUCUCGGGGAAUUAAUGAGUUGGGCUGCCAGUCAAAACACGGCGCGUCCGACAUAAAAUGAAACUAGAAGUAUUCCGUAUUGUUUGGCGUUCCCUCUCUUCAUAUAUUUAAUACCAUUCCCUGCAAUGCCCGAGGGAGAGAGGGGUAAAUUUCCUCCAGAACCUCAGCCGGGGAAGAGUAGACAGGUCUACUUAAAGGAAGAGACGUCCGAGCAGUGCGUAAUAGAUUCGACAGAUCAUUAGAGUGACUUACAUACGUUCGUGCUAAGAAUUCGAAAAGAAUUCAAGUAUUCAAUAAACAGCUCCUAGAUUAGUUUAUUGAACUCGACGAAUAUCAAACCAAGAGUAUUAACAUUGUAGCUUAUUUUAGAAUAACUUUAUCAGGCAUGCCCAAGGCGCUACAAAAUAAUAGAUACAAAAAAUGUUUUCAAUGAUUCUUUAUUAAUUUAGAACUUUAAUAUAGUACAAUAUGAUAAUUCAAUACAUUUUGAUGCUGUUUUAUUCCAUUCCAACAUUUUCAAGUAGUAUAGUAAGCCCAAUACUCGAAGGUAGCCAGGCCUGAAUGCGAGGACGAGGCUCUUGCUUAAAGGCGUGGCUACUAUUCAAGAUGGCGUCGCUAUCUAUUUCAAGAGAUCAGAAGUGGGAUCGAGGUGGCCUGGACUUUAGUUUCGUCCCAUUAGCUCAUCGUAAUGUUUUUUUGCAUCAUUAUUAUUUGAGGGCAGCCAUUUUGGAUUUUCUCGACAGAGGAAUUGAAAUCUGCCGAGAAUCUCGUAAUAGACCUCGGAUUUUUUUUGCAUUGUAUCCGACGUGCUGCAGCUUAAAUGCAGUAAAAACAUAUUCCUUCUUCAUGUUCGCGUCAUAAAUCAUUCAUGUACACAUCGCAAUACGCCAUUCGAAUUCGUUUUGGCGGGGCAUAACUUUAUAAAAAUUAAACGUAAAAAUUUACUUAAGGCGGAAUAUAUCUAAACUAAAACAAAGCUGAAUCCAAAACCGACGGAAAUCAUAAUAUUAGUAAUAAUACUAAUAAUGAGUAUUUGGGUCUUUCGCUAGUCCAAAAACUCAUCUUAGAUUCCUGAUUUUUUCCGAGCUUCGCCAAGACUUCGACAGAAUAUUAUCCAUCUUUUAGUUAUCCACGUUCCUAAACGCAUCCAUGACGUCACGAACAGGUACCUUCGAUCCCACAUGGUCUAUCACAACAGCAUAUUGAUUACUAACAAUCAACCCAAUCUCUAUAAGUAAGAGAGACACGUAUAAUUCAAUUCAGAUGUCUUUACACAGAUAAAUAUUCCAAAAUAACAAGGAAUUUAAAGAAUUUCAGAGUUUAUAUUCGAUGUAUUAAUUAAAUAAGCGGACUAUCCGUGAUAAUUCCAAAUUAUAGUUUACUAAAAUUGAAAUAUUCAAGCAAUACAUUUUCAGAUAUUCCAAUUACUUUCCUCGCUCACUAUAAUUAGUGAGUUCAAUGGUGGAAAUUUCCAAUAUUCUUUUAUUGUCGUACUUAGACAACUAUGUAGAACGAGAUCACAAGAAGGGUCGUAAAAAUCGCAUUCGUUUGUCCUUCAUCAGUUCUAUUCUCUUCCAGCUCGACAUUUAUCUCGUAAAUCAGAGAGUUUAAAAAUAAUUUUAUUCGGUGAAUAUGCGCUGGCAUAGUUUUAAGGUCCUAAGUUUUUCACGUUGGUUUUUGGUAACUGUUUGGGUGGAGUUUGCAUGCAUGAGUGGGUUACGUGUUAAAUCAAGAUAGAUGGAUGGUUAAACAAACAAAAAACUACUUAAAUACUAAAAUCAAUAGGAAGAGAAAUUUAUGUUCAAGGUAGUUUAAGAUCUCGUAAGAUUUACCUCCGAGGGCAAAGGAAGACUGGUGACGAACUCCACCAGCAUGGAACUGUGGGAACGAAUUUAGGAGCAACGACUUCGCGUAGUGAGUCUUAGAUUCGAUUUCACCAUAGUUCCUUUUCACUCUUCCACUUGUCAAAUAGUUUGAAUUUCAGUAAAUGGAAUUACUAUAUUGUGCCCAAAUUUUGCCUAUUCAACGUGUUGAGAGCAAGCGAGCUGUUUUUGUCGAGUUUCAACCGUACAAUUUCAAUAAGUCAGAUAAAAAAGAAAAGAAAAUAUAAUUUUGUCAUUUUUGCAGAGUUUAAUAUAAAUUUUGUUUAGCGCAUUUAUUCGCAUAUAUUUUGUAGUUCAGCCUUCGUAAAUCUAAAUGUACUAAAUAUUGAUAGAAGUGAUGCUCCGAGCAAAUGAUUCACUCGUAAUUUCUUAGUUGUUUAAGACCGUUAUGGUAUUAGAUAUAUUCGUAUAACAGCCUUUUCUGCUGGACGCCAAAUGCAACUGCAAAAUCCGUAGGGACUGGGGCUGAUAGAUGUAUGACGUCAUUACUCGCCCUAGUUUCCUUACGAACCAGUUGUCAAAAAAAGUGAUUUAAGUCAACGUACGAACACUAACUUUCAAAAGUUUCUUUGCUCACCCUACACUUCAUGCUACAGUUUCUAUACUGAAAUUGCUUUUGCCCCAAAUAUUUCUACCUUACCUUUUGCCGUAAGACUUUGGUUGCAGUAGAAAAGGCUAGGUAUUCACGCAAUUCGAUAUAGACAGACUAAAUAUUAUCAAAAAGUUAGAUUGUGAUAAGCAUCGUUUUUACAAACAACGUUACGUUUAGUAACUCGAGUAAGCUCGUAUGAAGCCAGUAUUAUACUGGGGUAUUGCCUGCCAUAAACAUAACUCAUUAUCAAGUGUUACCUUAACAAUUUCUUAGAAAACAUUUUCCUCUAAAGAGAAGAAAUCCAUUAUAUCACGACCCCAUCAUGCCGUGCGGCUCUUUUCAAAAUGGCGGAAUUUCGUGACGAUUUGCACCUUAUUAAAAACCUUUCCUUGAUAUGAGUUGUGAUUUGAACGUGUAAUGCCUCAAAAAAUAUUAACAGUCUUAACUUUGCUACAGCAUUCGCUUUAAAAUUUAUUAUUAUUAUUAUUAUUACUAUAACUUCUCGUAUUGAUAAGAUUAAUCGUACUAUUAUUAUUAUUAUGGUUAUUGAUAUUAUUACAAAUAUUCUAUUGUUUUAUCUAUUGUACACUAAGCUAGUGCAUACCACGUUCAUGACGUCAUAAAUGAGUAUAUUAAGGAUAUAAUAACAGUAAAAGUUCUGUUAAGAACAGGAUAUACAGUUCACGUACCAAUACACGACGACAUUAACUUUUUUAACAUUCAUUUUCAUUCACAUGCUUUUCUAAAGAUGCUUGUCAGUUUGGUCAUGACAGGGAUCGAGAAACGCCUCCAAGCCUAUUGCUUGGUUAUUAGCUGUCACGUGUUUCCAAGCGUAAGCUUUUAUUGGCUUUAAUCUAUCACAUUACUAUAAUAAGAUUCAUUGGCUGUUCAUAUCAUAUGUCACCUUGUUGGUAACCUAAUAUGGCUACAAAGCAUCUUAUUGGUUGUUGACGUCAUGUGACUAAGAAAUGUUCAAUUAUUGAUUCACUGAAACGUUAUCGCCAUGAGACAUUUCUAUAUUUGUUCCAGUUUUUGAUUGGCUGCAUAUUGUUGUGGCCAAUUUUCCUUGUCACAGAAUUCGUCUUGAUUGGCUGUUCAAUGUCACAUUUACACGAGACGCAGUGAUUGGCAUGCAAACGCGUUUUCUCUUUCCUUGUCAUGUUAACCAGUAUCUAUUUAACUUAAGGUUGUGUAUAUUAUUAGUAUCUAUUAGUUAUUACUCGUACCCAUACCUCUCACUCUUCCCCAAAGCAGUUUAUCGAUUCCAUCACUAGAUAACGUAAUAUUUAAAAAAAUAUUUUUGAAAAAGUUGAAUUAAAAUCUAAAGACUUAUGAGAAAAAAAAGUUCAGACUCUGAAACUUUGAAAGGAAUUGAAUGAGAUUGUCAUGUCCAGUUUCUUCUCUCCUACUAAAGGCUGUGUUGUCUCGGGAGCCUGGGACCAACUCCCCUCCUUGACAAUGCCAUGCCCAGUGAGAAACGAAACUGGCCUCAUAAUGAUUCAUUAUCAAGAAAGUGAAACAUGGUAUGGGUGCAUAGUCAAAUGUUCUAUUUUUUUAUGUUCUUUCUUAACCAGUGUUUACCGUCGUCUGUCGUUAUAAAUUGCUGCACACACAUAGACGAAGGCAUCAGUCUCUACUUCAAAACCUAUUUUCCUUUUAUUUUGAUUAUGAUUUCUUUAUCUUUUGUUAUUCUAUUUUUGGUUUUUGCUCAUUAAACUUUUAAUUCAAAUACUUAAGUAUUAUUGAGCUGACGUUCGAUCCUUUAAAUUUCAUUCUGCAAGAAAUGAUACCGAGAUAUAUGUAGACAUCGAGCUUGUUUCGCAUGUCUUAAGAUGUUAUCCAAACAUCUUUGUUUCUCGUGUACCGCCUGGUCAGCGCGCUGUAAUUUUAAGACGGGCGAGAAAAAUGCCAGCAUUGUAGCUCGGGUCGCUUUUACAAGACGAGCUUCAUCUCUGGGCUUUGGUUUGUUGUCGUUUGUUCUCCAGCGGUUGCCAAGUUUCUGCGACCUCCACGAUUACUAUUACCAACUCAGACCAUCACAAAUUUGAAUCAAGGAAAACAGUAGUUGGAGGACAUCAUCCAACAUCUGGAGUUAUACCAGUUUUCGCAGAAACAUGACAACUGCUAGAUCUAACUCUACCAUAUACAUGACGACCUAUUUAUGAAACAGACCACAGCUCAUUAUGCGAAGUUACUUGAAUCGCUCGUUUCGGAUUUACUUAAAAUCAUCGUCAUGCACGUUCUUUCUAAAAAAAAUUUUUUUUUAUUUGCAGCAAUAGAUCAAAUUCAAAACUCGCACCGAUGUGAGGCUUAAGUUGUGAACAAAGGAAUCUGGCGUGAUUCGUGACUUUUGAAUCACGCCAGAUUACUUUGAGUCACGCCAGAUCCCUUUGUUCACAACUUAAGCCUCAUAUCGAUGCGAGUUUUGAAUUUGGUCUAUAGAUUAAUGUUUUCCAUUCGCCAUUUUGAUAAAGCCCACUAUGAAAUAUAUUUUGUCACACAUCAUCACGCUCAUCUCGAUUCAUAUAAACCUUACAUUAAUGAUCCAAUGAUCGUAGCUCUUUAAGAGUACAAUUUGAUAGAGCAGAGCAUGAAUCCCCCACACAGUCCUUCAAUGGUUGAAUUGAUAUUUUAAGGAGAUUAAAAGUAGAACA